CCAGAAGUACCGGUCGAAUUUUCGAGCAGCUCACGCAUUAUAAAAACUAAGGUUUCGGCAUGUUACCACCAGGUAUAUCUAAGCUAUGGAAUGCAAGAUGGGCGUAUAGAUAUGGCCGAAGUUUAGGGGAAAUUUCUAGUCGAUCCGAAUCGUACUCUUUGAGAUAUCAACCAUUGAAAAGCAUUACGCAAACUCAAAAAAUAAUUUCCAGAACAGCAUGUCAAUGUCAACAAGGGUCCAGUGUUUCCAGAAAGAUAAUAAACACUACUCCAUUGCUAACAAGAGGCAAAUACCUCAGACAGUUGUCGUCUUUAAGCUUGUGCUCAUCAAAUUCACAUAUAUCAUCAAACAAUGUUGGUGUUGCUACACGGUUUUAUAGUUCUGAAAGUAGUUCUGGGAGUAAACCAUCAGAUGGAGCUGCUAGUGCAUCAGGGGGUGAGGAUGGAGAGGACAGUGGCGGAGAGGAUGAAGCACCUUCUCAAAAUAUCCCAAACAUUGAACAGUUCUCAACAACAAAUCAAUUCCCACUGGUUCCAAUUACAGUUCCGGACUAUUUCCCUAAGGUCCCCGUUAUUCCUAUUCAGAGGAAUCCAGUAUUCCCAAAGUUCAUCAAAAUGAUUGAGAUUUCAGAUAAACCAUUGAUGGAAUUAAUAAGGAGAAAGGUGGGAUUGAACCAACCAUUCGCUGGAGCUUUCCUAAAGAAAGAUGACAGUGAUGAAGGUGAUACUGUAGAAAAGCUAGAUGACAUUUAUAACAUUGGAACAUUUGUGCAGAUACAUGAACUACAGGAUCUUGGCAAUAAACUCAGGAUGAUUGUCAUGGGGCAUAGAAGGAUCAAGAUAACUGACAUUGUGGAUGGCGAAGCAGAGAUUGAAGAAAAGACAGAUGACACUGCAUACUCAAAGAUCAAAGAUUCAAUUAAAUCGGCAAUACAACACCAGCAAGAUGGCAAGAAGAAAACAGGUGUUAGGAGAGGGAAGAAGAAGGAGAGUCCACUCCCUGAUGAACCUGCACCCAAACUGAAGGUGAAAGACGUGGACAAAAACAAGAUCCUUAUGGUUGAAGUAGAUAAUCUUAUCCACGCUCAUUUUGAACAAACUGAUGAAAUAAAGGCUCUAACUGCUGAGAUUGUCAAGACUAUAAGGGACAUCAUUGCCAUGAACCCUUUAUACAGGGAAUCAGUGGCCCAAAUGAUUCAAGCUGGACAGAGGGUAAUAGACAAUCCUGUGUAUCUAGCUGACUUAGGGGCUGCUCUUACUAGUGCUGAAUCACAUGAACUGCAGGAGGUCAUUGAGGAAAUGGAUGUUCCUAAGCGCCUGAUGCUGACAUUAUCAUUACUGAAGAAAGAAUAUCAGAUGAGUAAAUUGCAGGAGAAAAUCAGUAAGGAGGUUGAAGACAAGGUGAAGGCGCAACACAAGAAGUACAUGCUACAAGAACAGCUGAAGGUCAUCAAGAAGGAAUUGGGGCUAGAAAAGGAUGAUAAAGAUGCUAUUGAGGAGAAGUUCAGGAAAAGAUUAGAGGGUUUGGAGAUUCCAGAACAUGUGAGGGAAGUCAUUGAUGAGGAACUUACAAAGCUUGGUUUCUUAGACAACCAUUCAUCAGAAUUCAAUGUAACAAGGAACUACCUAGAUUGGCUCACUAGUCUUCCCUGGGGUAAAUUCAGUGAAGAGAACCUUGAGCUUGGCCAAGCUAAGGUUAUACUAGAGGAAGAUCAUUAUGGCAUGGAUGAUGUCAAAAAUAGAAUUCUUGAGUUCAUAGCUGUGAGCAAGCUGAAAGGAAGCACCCAGGGUAAAAUACUAUGUUUCUAUGGUCCCCCUGGUGUAGGAAAGACCAGCAUUGCAAAGUCUAUAGCCAGAGCUCUCAAUAGAGAGUUUUUCCGGUUUAGUGUAGGAGGAAUGACAGAUGUGGCUGAAAUAAGAGGACAUCGUAGAACUUAUGUUGGAGCAAUGCCCGGAAAAGUCAUCCAGUGUCUGAAGAAAACAAAAACAGAAAAUCCCUUGCUAUUGAUUGAUGAGGUUGACAAGAUAGGAAAGGGUUACCAAGGAGACCCAGCAUCUGCCUUAUUAGAGAUGCUUGACCCAGAGCAGAAUGUCAACUUCCUGGACCAUUACCUAGAUGUACCAGUUGACCUUUCUAAGGUGCUAUUCAUAUGUACUGCCAAUGUGACAGACACAAUACCAGAGCCUUUAAGAGACAGAAUGGAGAUGAUUGAUGUAUCAGGCUAUGUUGCUGAGGAGAAAGUUGCCAUUGCAGAGAGAUACCUAAUACCCCAAGCUGAGAAGUCUACAGGUCUUGGGCAGGAGAAGAUGCAUAUAGAUGUUGAUGCCCUACGUACACUCAUCAAACAGUACUGCAGGGAGAGUGGUGUCAGGGGACUACAGAAACAAAUAGAAAAGAUAUACCGUAAAGGAGCAUACAAGAUUGUUAGUGAUGAAAAAACAGAGCAAAUAGAAAUCAGUAACAGUAACCUCCAAGACUUUGUGGGUAAACCUAUCUUCACUAGUGAUAGAAUGUAUGACACAACACCCCCUGGUGUUGUCAUGGGACUAGCAUGGACAGCUAUGGGUGGAUCUGCGCUUUAUAUAGAAACCAGUCUCAAGAAACCAGUUGACCCAGAGGCCAAAGAACCAGGUUCUGUUGAAUUGACUGGUCACCUUGGAGAUGUGAUGAAGGAGAGUGGACGUAUUGCACACACAGUUGCUAAGAAGAUACUUGUGGAGAAACAGCCUGACAACAUGGUGCUACAGAAUGGUCAUAUACACCUUCAUGUACCAGAGGGUGCUACGCCUAAAGAUGGCCCCAGUGCAGGUUGUACUCUUGUGAGUGCUCUCCUCUCAUUGGCUAUGGACAAACCACUUCGACAGAAUCUUGCCAUGACGGGUGAAAUCUCACUGACAGGGAAGGUUUUACCUGUAGGUGGUAUUAAAGAAAAAGCAAUUGCUGCCAAAAGAGCUGGUGUGUCAUGCAUCAUCCUGCCUGCAGAGAAUAAAAAAGACUAUUCAGAUUUACAAACAUUUAUCACUGAUGGCCUGGAGCCAGUUGAUCACGUGGUCGCUGUAUGGCGGACGAAAAACAUGGAAAUGUCUGCAGUCGGAGAAAAAGAUUCAAACCAACAAGGUGAAGACAAAAAGGAAGAUCCAAAUAUGGAUAAAUCUCAAGAGUCAAAUCCUGAGAAUAAAGACGACCACAAAAAAUCAAGAUUUAAGGUCGUAUUCGUUAGUGAGGGAGAACCAAAGAAUAAAGGUGAUUCAAUGAAUGAAGAAAAUGUGAAAAAUGAAAACAAACCAGAUGCUGAUGGAGUAUUUUCCACCUCUACUGACCCAACAGACACAGUAAAUUCAUCUUCUCCCAUCUCUCCACAAUUCACUGUUGGAUAUGAUACACACGGUUAUGACACAACAAACCUUAAAACGUUCGGUCAAAAUACAAUUGAAGCACUUCCAUGUAUCGAUCAUUAUCGUAAUCUUGCCUCAACAACGGCUAAUAUGAUGAAACAGAGGCCAACAUUACUAGAACUGCAUGAUCCUGAUGUAGUUCAAGAUGCUCUUCAAAAGCAUGAGGAAGAAAGGCAGAGAGUGAAUGAGCCAUUACUGAGUGAAUCAAAUGGUGUUAUUACUCCAGGAGAUGUUGAAGCUGCUCCCAAGGCAAAGAAAACAGAGGCUGUCAAGUUUGGCUGGAUCACUGGAGUUCUAGUAAGAUGCUUGCUGAACAUAUUUGGUGUGAUGCUGUUUCUAAGGUUACCCUGGGUAGUCGGACAGGCUGGGAUGGGAUUCAGUGCUUUAAUAGUAUUACUCUCCUGUGUGGUUACAACUAUAACAGCCUUAUCUAUGUCUGCAAUAUGUACCAAUGGCCAGAUUAAAGGAGGUGGGGCAUAUUAUCUGAUAUCUCGUAGCCUGGGGCCUGAGUUUGGUGGUGCCAUUGGUCUGAUAUUCUCAGUAGCCAAUGCUGUAGCUGUGGCCAUGUAUGUGGUAGGCUUUGCAGAGACAGUUCGUGACAUCAUGCUGGCUCAUGGUGUGCUGAUGGUUGACUAUACUAAUGAUGUGAGGAUAAUAGGAGUGAUCACAAUUAUAUUCUUGUUGGUGAUAGCCAUGGUGGGGAUGGAGUGGGAAGCUAGAGCCCAACUCGGACUAUUAGCAGUGCUGGUCAUUGCAAUAAUAAACUUUAUUAUUGGCACAUUCAUUCCACCAACAGAGAGUAAGCAAGAAAAGGGAUUUGUGGGCUACAGAGGAGACAUAUUUGUACAGAAUAUUGGCCCAGGGUUCCGUGAUGGAGAGAACUUUUUCUCUGUGUUUUCCAUAUUUUUCCCAGCUGCAACUGGGAUCCUAGCUGGUGCCAAUAUAUCUGGAGAUCUUAAGGAUGCUCAGAAGGCCAUUCCAAAGGGGACACUCCUGGCUAUUGUUAUCAGCACCAUUACAUAUGUUGUGUGUGCCUGGAUGGUUGGAUCCUGUGUACUACGUGAUGCAGCAGGUCCUUCCAUCCUCUCCCUCCACCCAGGAGCCAAUCUAACUAACAUAUCAUACAGCGCUGAAACUCUGCUGAAUGUAACAAUGGCUGUGAGGAAUGAGACUGAUUGCUCAAGAGAAACAUGUGAUUAUGGGCUUAUGAAUGACAUGGCUGUGAUGGAGCUUGUAUCAGGCUUUGGACCAAUCAUAACUGCUGGUAUAUUCUCUGCUACACUAUCAUCUGCUCUUGCCAGUCUCGUUUCAGCACCAAAAGUAUUCCAAGCUGUCUGUAAGGAUAAGAUCUUCCCCUACAUUACAGUGUUUGCGAAGGGAUAUGGCAAGUCGGGAGAGCCUUGGAGAGCAUACAUCCUUACGUUUUUUAUUGCUAUUGCCUUCAUUCUGAUAGGGGAGUUAAAUGCCAUAGCACCAAUAAUCUCCAACUUCUUCCUGAUGUCUUAUGCACUGAUCAACUACUCAUGUUUUGAUGCCUCUUUAGCCAAGUCACCAGGUUGGAGGCCUGCCUUCCGUUACUACUCCAUGUGGAUUAGUCUCUUUGGUGCUGUUAUAUGUCUUGGGGUUAUGUUUGUCAUCAACUGGUAUGCUGCCCUUAUCACAUUCAUCAUAGUGGCUGCUCUGUACAUCUAUGUGCACCACACUAAACCAGAUGUGAACUGGGGUUCUUCCACCCAGGCCCAUGUGUACAGAAAUGCCCUGCAGUCCACUCUUAAACUGGUUACUGUGCUAGAGCACGUGAAAAACUUUCGACCCCAAGUGCUUGUAUUAACUGGUAAACCAAUGAAAAGGCCUGCCCUGAUAGACUUCACAUCUCUAAUCACUAAGAAUGUUGGCCUUAUGAUGUGUGGAGAAGUUCUUAAGGGUCGACAAGAGGACCAUGUGAAAUCUCUGAAGUCACAGACCCAGGAGACAUAUGAUUGGUUAUACAAGAGAAAGGUCAAGGCCUUUUAUCAACCAAUCACAGCAACAAAUUUGAGGCUGGGUACCCAAGCAUUGAUGCAGGCAUGUGGUGCUGGUAAAAUGAAACCCAAUACAUUGUUCGUAGGCUUCAAAUCUGAUUGGUUAAACAAUGAACCAGGGGAGAUAACAGAAUAUGUCAACAUCAUACAUGAUGCUUUUGAUUUGCAAUAUGGGGUUGGGAUAUUACGCCUUAAGGAAGGCUUGGACCACAGUGAGUUUACAGCUGAUGAUAGUGACAAUGAGGCUGACCAACAUGACCAAUGGGAAGAUUUGAGAGCUCAUUCUAAUACACCUACACCGAACACAGGGUUAUCUCAUGAACCAUCUCCCGUGUCAGAUGAUCUGCGAAACUCACCAUCCAAUGCAUCACUAGACCCCGUAUCAAGUGGUCCGAAAAAUAAACCUUCCAAAUUUUCAAUACACCCUGUUUCCGAUGAUCUGCAAAAUACACCUUCCAAACCUAGCUUCCACCUUGGUGACCAAGAGUCUGAAAUUGCCCCCUCAAAAGAAGAGGAAAGUGAAAAAGUAACCCCACUUAAAGCAGUAUUUAACUCUGAGGGAAGUAAAGAUGGUGGCAGUGAGAAGGAUCUAUCCAAAAAUACAGACAAUGCAGAACAAACUGAUAAUGAUGCAGAGCCUCAACCAUCAAAUGCAUCAAAUAAUGUGAUACCUUCUAAGGAAGGAGAAAAGGAUAAAUCUUCCAGUGAUGCAAAAACUGAAAAAUCUUCUGAUCCAAAAGAAAAUGAAAGUACUGAUACAGAUAAACAAUUAGAAUCUCAAAAUAAGUCCAUUGACAAUGAGGAUCUGGAAAAGAAGUCAAAUGAUGAUACAAAUCCUGAAGCCAAGAAAGCAGAAGACAUUAAAACUGUAUCAAAUGCUGCUGAUUCAAAGCCCAAGUUGAAACCGUCUCAUAGUAAAAAAUUUGUAAUAAGUAAAAUUGAAGAGGACGUUCUACCUAAAUCAAAUGAGAAAAAAGAAGUUAAACCCGAGGAUAAUGAGGAAAAAGAUAAAAUGGAAAAGAAACUUAAAAUAGAAAUAGAAAAAGUAAAUGACACUUUGAGUAAGGAGGAAGAAAACAAACCAGAGAUACACAUAGAGGAUGAAACUAAAUCUGAACCAAGUGAAAGCACAAAACUUCUAGAAGACACAAAUCAUCUGAAUGCAGACAAGUUGUCCCCUUUGAAAAAAUCUACUGACAGCUUGAAUGUGCCACAGACCAAGCUGUCACGUGAUGCCAGUUGUGAUGUCAUAGUGAAGGGACAGAAACACAAGAUGGACAAGACAGUUCUGCAAAAUGUGAACAGGUUUCAGAGGAAGCAGAAAAAGGGCACAAUAGAUGUUUGGUGGCUGUUUGAUGAUGGAGGCCUGACAUUACUGGUUCCUUAUAUUCUCUCCACUAAGGCCUACUGGUCAAACUGCAAGCUCAGAGUAUUUACAGCCGGUACAAAGAAAGGCGAGCUAGACAGGGACCAACGAUAUAUGGCAAACUUAUUGAGUAAGUUCCGUAUUGAUUACUCUGUCAUCAACACUCUAUCUUCUGUUGGCAAAAAACCAUCACAGAAAUCGUUUAAGGAGUUCAAAGAUCUGAUUGCUGGGUGGAUGUUGAAGGAAGAGGAAGGUGAGACCUCCACUUCUCAUCCCUGGAAAAUAUCAAGUGAAGAACUAUUAAAGAAUAAAGAUAAGACGUACAGACAAUGUCGGUUACGGGAACUGCUUUUAGAACAUUCCAAUGAUGCUGCACUUAUUGUCAUGACACUACCCAUGCCUAGGAAAGGCACUUCUGCUGCGCUAUAUAUGGCCUGGAUUGAGACUCUGACAAGGGGCAUGCCUCCUAUACUGCUCCUUAGGGGGAACCAGGAGAGUGUGCUAACUUACUACUCAUAGCAUGCAUGGAGAGUAAAGAGUAGAUCAGUGUGCAGCAUUCCCCAGGGGCAGUUCUAUGAAUAAUCAUACAUACAUUGUAUAAUAGCUUCUUUACACAAUGAGACGGAGAAAGGACUGAUCAUGUAUAUUUGGAUGCCUUAAGCUCAGAUGUGUGUUUAUUGUACAUCAUAAUCUAGAGAAUAUUGCUUGUC